AUGGCUACCACUGAGGACUUCACCUUCCCCAUCUUCACAGACCCUUUCUCAUGCAGCAUCGAUUCCCCACCUCUAUGGUGCUUGUCUCCCGCAGCCUCUCCUGAUCAUCCUUACCAUGAAGAAACAUCAAAAGAAAGCAGCACAGAGGGAGAGGAGAGUGAUCAAGAAGAAGAAUCCUAUAAAGAUUGUUUUCCUACCGAACCCAUCAAUCACUUAACUCCAAGGAAGAGCUUUUCAAGCGUAGAGGAGCUGGGCAAGCUGGUGAGAAGAAAUGGUAAUGGAAAUGAUAAGGAGGAGAAGAUGGACAUGUUAUGGGAGGAUUUCAAUACUGAAGAGAGAUUGCCUAGAAGUCACAGUAGUUCAAGAUUGGAUUCUGAAACGGUUAGCGUGGGCUGUGUUGAAGCUUUAAGAAUGUCCAAACCUAAUAACGGCGCCACCGCCAUCUUUUCUCCAAGGAAACCAGGCUUGGUGGUGGUCAUGAAAGUGUUGAAGAGGUUUUUCUUGCUUCACAAUUCUCAUAGGUCAGUUAAUAAGCAUCACAGCUCUUAUAGGCAGUCAGUUAAGGGUCACGGAUCACAUAAGUCUGUAAAAACUGGUUCAUGGUGA